GGGCGCCGAGUGGUCCAGCGGUCUAAAGCGCUUUUCCCCCCACAUCACUCCUAGGGCCUCUGUGAGCUGAUGGACUGGAACCGAGUCGCUGCGCUGCCUCAACAACAGCUCCAAACGAAGCGGAAGCUGGCUUCAAAUGUUUCAGAGAAACCAUAAUGAGGACAGAUUCGCUGGGAAUUGACAUUCCUGUAUAUGACCUUUCACUGAUUCGUGGUCUCUGGGAGACCCGAGUAAGGAAGCACAAACAGCGGCAGAGAAAAGAGCUGGAGAGGGUCGAGAAAAGUGCCCUGAACAAGAUAAAUCAGCAAUGGCAGUAUCGUAUAGCAUGCAGAAAAAUGAAGAUCAAAGAAGUAAACGCACUCCAGUGCUAUCUGGAGAGAUCAGCCUUUGCAGAAAUGGACAUUUUACCCACAGUCGACACAACAGACCUCGACAGCGAAUAUAAAAAAUUCAUUUUUGAGCUGCAUGGAAAGAAAUGGAGGAAACUACCAGAAGAUCUUCAAAUUAUGACUUUUCUCAGAGAAUGGCAUAUUCGUGGAACAAGUAUUCAAAAGGUUCCAACCUACAUUGAAGAGUUUGUGGAACUGCGGGUCCUGGACAUACCAAAAAACGGAUUUACAAUGCUCCCCCCUGAGAUAGGAAAUCUUGUAAACCUAAAGGAACUAAAUGUGAAUUACAAUAAGCUAUCCAUCAUUCCUCCUGAACUUGGGGAAUGUGAAAAUCUGGAGAAACUGGAAAUGACAGCCAAUGGUGAUCUUUCAGAACUGCCCUUUGAGCUAAGCAACUUAAAAGCGCUAAAGCAUCUGGACCUAGCAGAAAACAAGUUUGCCACCAUACCGAUCUGCGUGCUUCGAAUGUCAAGCUUGCAAUGGUUGGACAUGAGCAACAACAGACUCACUGAUUUGCCAGAAGAUAUCGACAGACUCAGCGAUCUACAGACAAUGUUCCUGCACAAGAACAAACUGACAUACCUGCCGAUGGUGAUGGCAAAUAUGGAUAAACUCAAGAUGCUAGUUGUCAGUGGAGAUGAAUUAACCAACUUACCUUCCAAACUCUGUGACAGUCCGGAUAUAAAAUUCAUCAAACUAUUUGAUAAUCCAAUUGGCAAGAAUGAAGAGGAGGAGAAACAUCACUCCAUCAGUAACGCCACAGAGGAGGAGGAGGAGGACCAUGAGAAGGAGUUCAUGCAGACAUAUGUUGAGACUCUGAAGGAUAGAGCUACAGCACCAACCUACACUACUAAAGUUUCCUUGACCUGCCUUCUUUAAUCAACCUGAUGAUUUCGCAGCCAAUUUUGGGCACCACCAGCAAGACUGAAGAAAUCAGUGGAGGGGAAAAAAAAAAUUGUAUUUUGUAUUUACUCACCUUAUUUAAUUCAGCCUCAUUCACAGAUGAAGGUGUGGCGUUUUUAGAUUAUUUUUGAGGUUUUGAGUUUUUAUUUUGAAAAUUCUUCUAUUUUACAAAUGACUGCAUGCUGUUUUUGGUGGCUGGAUGAGUAAAUGUUGUAUGUCUCUCCUACAUAUAUAAUAUAGGCUAGCAGAUGACCACAGUUAUUAGGCUUUGUGUACUAAUGUGACCAAAUAUUGUUGCUGGACAAUGGCCGAGUUUGUUUCCAAUAAGUUGCAUUGUUGUCUUUUUUAUGUAUUGAGAAUAUUGACUUUGUAAAAAUAUAUUCUUCAUGUUGAUUUAAACAUCUACACAUUGCUAAGGGUUUAGUCUCCUUCAGCUAAAAACAGUUUUGUAGAAAAUCAAAAGGCUAUCACAAGCAUGAGAGGUUUGGAGAAUGUUAAGCAAGUACGGUGAAAUACAUAAAAGCCUGUUUUUAUUGCACUAAAAUUAUUUGCAUUUUCUAUUAUUUUAUUUUAUUUAGUAUUUUGCAAAUGCUUAUUGCACAAUUAAAUACACUCAUUGUGAAAAAAAAUUGCAUCCAGAAGAAAUCAAAGACAGGAAUGGCACACUUUUAUGGAGUAAUUUAGAAUGGCAGUGGGUUAUCUUCAGGUCAUCUCGCUUUUGUCUUGGUGGAAAUGACAGAGAACCACCAAGGUCAGCGGAUUGUUGUCACAUUUUACACAACCAGAAGGCCUGGUGUCAUGGUGUGGGGUGCAAUUUCAUACAUGGCCAGAUCACCUUUGGUCUUCAUUACAGGCGCUUUGACAACUCAGUGUUACGUUAAUGAGGUUUUGCAGCCAGUGGCCCUACCCUACUCUGAACAGACACUCGGGUGUGCUAUUCCUACAAUACAAUUUUCCUUCCACAUACUGCUGCCAUUUCAAGAGCUUGCCUUAAAAACACAGAUAUUUUGCCAUGGCUAGUCAUGUCACUAGAUCUAUCCUUAAUUGAAAAUGUAUAGGUUGCUAUUGGAUGUGCUAUUUACCCCCCACCCAUACCGCAAACUCUGCAGAAACUGUGUGAAAAUAUUUAAGCUGCAUCUAAUGGUUUAUCACAGGACACCAUUAGGAACCUCUACAACUCAAUGCCAAAAUCUCUGGAAUGUUGUUUUACUCAUGAAUUACACACUUCUUCCAUGUUUAGCUCAAUAAAUAUGACCAAUAAAUAUGUCCUGGUUACCUUUAUGUUCCUUCCAAAUAACAUUGCUAAAUUUAACACUCCCUUUUGGAUGCAGCAAUGUUUGCAACAAUUUCCUUGAUUGUGAGUGUAGCUUCCUUGAUUGUAGAAUAGUACUAAAAGGUUUCUAUAGUAGCUGUAAAACUUGAUAUAGUGCAAUACAUGUUUUGUUUAGUAUGUUGUAUGUUGAGACCUUUCCUAUAUCAAAGUUCUGUGAUUUUACACAAUGUUUACCUUUAUAUGCAAUUAAAAAAAGACAAGACAAAGACAA